AUGCUCCGCCACCCGUCGGCACCGCCGCUCCUGCUGCUCUGCCUCCUACUAGCUCUCUCCUGUCGCGGCUCGCCUCCGCUGCACCCGCGGCUCGGGACUGCUCCGAACCAUGCUGCUACCUCGUGUGCUGUCGCGAUCGUCGCGGCAGCAAGCGCAGUCCCCGCGAGUCAGAAUCUCUUUGCGACAUUUGAGGCGCCGCAAAAGUCGGCAGCAAGCGAAGCCCCAGCGGGUCAGGUCCCCUUUGCGGGCCUGGAGGAGGGCGGGGGAGAAGGGGAAGCGCAGCAGGUAGUGGGGCGCGUGGAUGCGAUAGAGGCGGAACUGGCGCAGGCGGAAGGGGGAGUCGGGGCGGAAAGGGGAGCGGAAAGGGAAGGGAAGGCGGAAAGUAGAGGGAGAAUAGAGGCAGACAGAGGUGAAAGUGGGGAGGCGGAAGGGGGAGGGGAAGGGGAGGACGAAGGCGGACGGGGUGAGAGCGAGCAGGGACCGCAGGCAGCAGGGGGGGGGCAGCGCGCAAAUCUUCCCCCCUCCCCCUUCCCCCAGUCCCGCGGCCCGCUCCCCCCGUCGUGGAUGCCCGUGCCCGCGCGGCGCCUGGGGUGGGCGGCGCAGAGCGCGGCGCUCCCCGUGAUCGCGCUGGACCUCUUCAACACGCACCUCCGCGCGCCCCUCCACAUGCGCUGCCACGGCCGCGCCUGCCCCGCCUUCUCCCCGUGCGGGGACACCUUCGGGAACAUCGCCGCCUGCUGGAACCCCGAGCUCUCCGCGGAUCGGCGGAUGAACAUGCGCGCGCCCGUCAACUGCCCGCGCGUGCAGGGGGGCUGGCGGAACGCGACGUGCGCGCACGCGGAAGACCUGGACGCGAGGGACGCGGUGGCCUUCCAGGCGUUCCGAGUGCACCACGUGUUUGUGUCCAACCUCGGGUUUGUCUUCAACCGCACGCACCGCUUCGUGCGCAACGGCUGUGGGGCGUACCAGAAGUUCUCCUUCCCCCCGUCAGCUAGAGUGCGCAAGCUAGGCCGUGCCAUCAACUGGGCGCACGUGGCAGGUCUAGCUUUCUUCCACAUGCUCACGGAGGCCAUGCCGCAGCUCUACAACCUCGCGCCCCUCCUGCCCUCCUUCCACCGCGGCCUCCGCCUCCCUCUCCUCGCCUCACCCAAGCAGGUGCAGGUGUGGGACGAGCUGAUGGCGCCUCUAGUGGGCAUAGCCAGGGACGACGUGGAUCUCAUAGUGCCGCCUGAUGGCCACCUCGUGUUUGUGCGCACACUUGUAGAGGUGAGAAGGGAAGGGGCAGGCCCUUGUUCUUUUGUGCAUAGCCAGGUGCUGUUCUCAAAGAGCAUAGCCAGUGACGACGUGGAUCUUACAGUGCCGCCGGACGGCCACCUCGUGUUCAUGCGCACACUCACGGAGCCAUCCCGGCAGUACUGCGGGGUGCCGGCGCGGGGACUAUGGCACAGCCUGCGGCGGCAGCACCUGCUGCACCCGCAGGGCCUCCCCAUCUUCCACCGCAACUGGACGCAGAGAAACCUCACCCCCCUCACCGAUGACCAAAUGGCGCUGCUGCCCGCCGACUGGGUGGUGCUGCUGGUGCGGCGGCCGGGCAAGGAGAGGGUGAUGGAGAGAGAGGGCGACCUGGAGGGCAGCAUGAGGCGCGUCUUUGGCGACCGCCUGGUGGUCUACGGCAACUCGCUGCCCAUCCUGCAAGCCCGGGCACUGUUCCGGAGGGCGCGGCUGGUGGUGGCGGUGCACGGGGCGGGCCUCUCCCACACCAUCUUCAUGCCCUCCAAUGCGUCCGUGCUCGAGAUUCGCCCUCGGGAUUACCACAACACGUGCUACCACCAUCUUGCAGAAGCCUGCGAUGUCAAUUACUAUCUGAUGCUGGGAGAAGGGAAUAAGAAAGGCACUGUAAAGGCGGAUUUAGGGGAGGUUAUGGGGUUAGUAGAGACAAUAGCUUCUGGCUGGAAGGAUGAACCAGGCUAG